AUGAUAAGUUCUACCUACUUUCUUUCAUUCUUUUUGCUUAUACAAGUAAUUUUUGGUGCUCCAGUUGCAAAAUUAAUUACAAGAGUUCAUACUGCUGAUGCUGUCACUAAAAUGAACACUUACACAACAGGCACAACUACUGUCAAUUUACCACCAGUUGAAAUUUUUAUUUCAAACGGUGUCACUUAUACUUUCACUUUAAACAAUGAAGCUGCUGCGGCUCCAACUACUAUGACUUCCAUUUAUACAGAUGAUAGUGAUAACAACAACAACAACAACAACGACGACGACGAAAAUAAUAAUAGUACACCAGCUCAGACACCUGCUGCUACUACAUCUCCUUCAACAAAUAAUGGAGAAAAUGGUUCUCCUACUGCUGCAAAUUCUCCUAAUGAUUACACUCCUGCUGCAACAGGUAAUACUCAAGACAAUACCCCAACUUCAACGAGCAGCCCACAAGGCAAUGCACCAAGCUCAACAAACAGUCCAGAUGACACUAAGCCAUCUUCAACUAACGGAGCACAAACUACUACUUCUCAACAGAAUACCAUUUCUUCUUCAACGACAGAUGAAGAAACAACUAGCUCCACAGAAUCCACAACUUCAAGCUCAGACUCAACUUCUUCAGCUUCUUCAGGAAGUAUUUCUGCACCAUCUGCAAUUGCAUAUUCCCCUUAUACAGACGAUGGAGGUUGUAAGGACACUUCUACUAUUGAGUCAGAUUUAGAAUUAAUUUCAAGUAAAGGAAUCAACAAGAUUAGAGUUUAUGGUACCGACUGUGGAUUAUACGAUACUAUUAUUCCAAAAGCUAAAGAUUUGGACAUGAAAAUUAACCAAGGGUUUUGGAUUUCAGAUGCAGGUGUAGACUCAAUUGAUGACUCUGUUUCUGAAUUUAUUGAAUGGGGCUCCAAUAAUGGAUACGAUGUUAUCGAUUUCAUCACUGUGGGAAAUGAAGCUAUUAACUCGAACUUCUGUUCUGUUUCUGAUUUAAUUAGCAAGAUUAAGAGCGUCAAAUCGAAGUUACAAGAUGCAGGGUAUAAUGGAAAAGUUACUACUUCAGAGCCACCUGCUAUCUUUGUCGACAACCCAUCCUUAUGUAAGAAUUCAAAUAUUGAUUUCGUUGGUAUUAAUCCUCACUCUUAUUUUAAUACCGUUAUUGGCGCUAAUUUAGCAGGCUGGUAUGUCACUAGUGAACAAUCUUUAGUAUCUAAGGCUUGUGAUAUGGAUGUCGUCAUUACUGAAACUGGUUACCCAUCCAAGGGAAGUAGUAACGGAGAUAACUACCCAUCUGCCGAAAACCAAGAAAUUGCUAUCAAAUCAAUUAUCGAAAAGACCAAUGGUCAAGUUACAAUUUUAAGUACAUACAAUGACAUGUGGAAACAUCCUGGACCACACGAUAUUGAACAAUAUUUUGGGGCUAUCGAUUUGUUCUCUUAA